UAUUGCUUCCAACAAUUGACUAUACAAAUUUGCUCAAUUUAGUUGGUUGUGCGCUUCUCUGUGCAGUGCACUGUUGUUACGUGCUAACAGAUUUUAUUACCGAUAAAAAAAUGCAAAUUGCCGUUAUUGGUGGUGGUGUCAGUGGAGUUUCUUCAGCCAUACAAAUUUUGGAGUAUUUGAAAUCUACCGGUAAUCCAGUUGCAGUGACAGUACUCUCUGAAGCUUUCUCGCCAAAUACAACUGGGGAUGGGUCGGCAGGACUAUGGGGUCCGUACCUGCUGGGCGGCACACCCACAGAGAGAGUGCAUCGUUGGUCAAAGCAUAUGCACGAUUUUCUCGAACAAAUCUGGUUAUCAGAUGAUGCUGGAGAGGCAGGGGUUUGUCUUAUACCCUGCCUAAGAUUGACAACAACUGCAAUGGAUAAUGAAGUCUUCUGGAAGGAUAUUGUCUACGGUUGUCGUCAACUUACACAGAGGCAAUUGGAUGAAUUAAAUGUGGGAAGGGCAAAUAAGUAUACCCAGGGCAUGCAUUUUAUUACCUACACCUCUGAGCCGGUUAAGCUGUUACCUUACUUAAUGAAACGUUUCCAGGCGAAUGGUGGAAAAAUUGUUCAGCAAAAAGUUGAAAAUCUCCAAGAAUUCAUAGCCAAGUCAAAUUAUGACGUUAUAAUUAAUUGCACUGGCUUGGGUUCACGUGAAUGUGUGCAAGAUGUGGGCAUGUUUCCGGUGCGUGGGCAGGUAACACGAGUCAAGGCAAAUUGGCUGUACUGUGCAUUGCUGGAUGAAAGUGAUGUUGGCAAUUAUAUUAUACCAAAUUGUGAAUCGGUCGUUUUGGGCGGCACCCAUCAGGAGAAUGAUAACAACACUCAAGUAUGUCCAAAUGAUAAAAAGUUCAUUAUCAAUGGUUGCCGGAAAAUUGUGCCCGGUUUAGAGCAUGCGCAACAUCUCUUCGAUUGGGUAGGUUUACGUCCUGGACGUGACACAUUACGUUUGGAGGCCGAGAAAGGUGGCAAUAAAAUUGUCAUACAUAAUUAUGGUCACGGUGGUAGUGGUGUAACAUUGGCCUGGGGUUGUGCGGAAGAUGUGCUGGAGCUAUUGAAGAACGAGCUACAGGCACGUCACCUCAACGUGCCUAAAUCAAAGUUAUAAGAAAGUGUUUGAAUUGUAAAUA